AAUGCUUUAUGUCAUUUGAGAAUUCUUGUCUUCAUUUCUCUCUUCAUCUAAGAUUCACUUUGUUUUUUUGUUUAAAAUAUGAGUUAUUUGGGCGUUGGUAUUAGCCCUGGAAAUGUACCAGUCUACCAUGGUAGUAAUUUGAAGGUGGUUGAUAAAAGAGUGAGGCUUGCAGAGCUUCUACUGAGGUGUUUGAUCUGCGGGUUAGGUGUUCUUUCAGCUGUUCUUAUAAGCACCGAUACCCAAGUUAAAGAAAUCUUCUCUAUUCGAAAAACUGCUAAGUUUACAGAUAUGAAAGCCCUCGUGUUUUUGGUGAUAGCAAAUGGGAUAGCUGCAGCCUAUUCGUUGGUGCAAGGAGUGCGUUGCGUGAUUUGUAUGGUUCGAGGGAGCGUGCUGUUCAACAAGCCUGUAGCGUGGGUCAUCUUCUCGGGAGAUCAGGUGAUGGCAUACUUGACGCUGGCUGCAGUGGCAGCGGCUGCACAGUCGGCUGCGUUUGCGAAGCUCGGACAACCGGAGCUACAAUGGAUGAAAAUAUGCACAAUGUAUGGAAAGUUCUGUAACCAAGUAGGGGAGGGGAUAGCAAGUGCAAUGUUGGUUAGUGUAAGCAUGGUGGUGCUGUCCUGUAUCUCGGCGUUCAGCCUCUUCCGCCUGUACGGGACUAACAAGGCCAAGGAUUGUAUUAGGUGGUAGCUCUAUGUGUAUGAUCCUCUCUUAGGUUGUGGGCUGUGUUACAUAUAAGAUGAUGAAGCCAAAUAGUGUGGGACUUAAUUUGUAACUCUCCUGUUUAAAAUAAAGCUGUUUUCUUUUUUAAAUUUA